GGCCAGAUAAAGCUAAGUCUAAGCAUAAUAGCUAAUUGUAAAAAUAUCCAUAAGCGAUAAGGCUUAUAAUAACGGCCUUUUAUGCUUUUAUGGCCUAUAUACGACACUUUGCGAGUACAAUUAAGCAUUUAGCGGACAUCGAAAAAAAAUUACAUUUUCUAAUCAAGCGAAAUGGACUCUAUGCGCUACCGAAAAAAAAUUACCAACAAAAUAUGUUUUAACCAUUGCGGAAUUCUGAUAAAGACAAAUGGACACGAAUUCAAGUUCGUUGACGCAAUUUAUACUCGUAGUAUUGUUGAAAUUAUAAAUUUUGUAAGUUCUUCAAAAAGUCAGCCCAUCGAUAGCGAGCAGUUAAAGUUUCGUCGCCAUGGCUGUUACACGCAUCAUCGCUUUGGCCACUAUUUUGGCAAUCUCCCACGUUUGCGGCACAAUUGCCGCACCACAAGGACGCAUAUUGGAGGGUGAGAAUGCCGCAGCCGGUGAAUUUCCAUGGGUUGCUUCGGUUCGUGUGGACAACGCGCAUGUUGCUGUAGGCAGUAUUAUCAGUAAAUACCACAUUUUAACCUCAGCUCAAGGCGUCUCCGAAUUGGGCAGUACACCCAUUUCUUCUUCGCGUGUAUCGGUGCGUGUUGGCAGCAUUAACCAGUUUGCUGGCGGUCGAAUUGUCAGCGCCGGUAACAUUCUUAUACAUCCAUCUUUUGGUAAUUUCUUGCACAACAUUGCCAUCAUUACCUUGGAAGUACCGCUAAGUUUUACCGACAGGAUCGCAUCGAUUGCUUGGGACAAGAGCGAACUCAGUGAAACAUUGGCAGAUGGCAUAAAUGUGAUAUUGGCCGGUUGGGGUCUUCAACUAUCAGGUGCUUCUCCAUACAGACUACAAAAAACCACACUGAGCGUGUUAAGCUCUCAUGAAUGUGAAUAUAAGGCCGGUUAUGGCUAUGAAUCAGCUUUGUGCUUAAACCACGGUGUCAAUCAGGGCAUCGGUCGGGGUGAUGAGGGCGCUGGUGUGGUGUUCAACCACACUUUGGUGGGUGUAGCAAGCUUUUUCUUUGGCGCCGGUGGCACUGAAUUCCCGGAUGUGAGUUGCAGAACGGCUUACUAUAGCGAUUGGAUUGUAAGUAAUGUUGACCCAGCGCUAGCGUAUUUGAAAUAAUAGAAGAGUCUUUGAAUAUUUCUAGAAUAGACAAUUGUGUUUGUAUUAUA